GGUGUUGCGGCUAAUGGUAGCAUCCCGGCGCUCUUCUCCUCAGACUGUCUCUGUUUGCCUUCUUGACACACCUUUUGUUGUCUCGCCGAGCUACAGGCAGCUAACGGUUGCUAGCGAGCAUCACCCGCGCUGACUCCCCAACAGCGGUGAAGUGAAGUCGGGGCAAAAGAGUUAACGGUUAGCCGAGGGAGCCGAGAAGAAGUGACACCCUGCCAGGAUGAGUGGAGAUGAACUGAACCCAGCUGCAGUGGCUCGGCCGGUAGAGGAUGUUCAAGGAGAUGGACGGUGGAUGUCACAGCACACAAGAUUUGUACAGGAGUGCAAGGAUGGUGAACCAGAUGUGCUUUUUGUGGGAGACUCUAUGGUUCAACUAAUGCAGCAGUAUGAGGUCUGGAGGGAGUUGUUCUCUCCUCUUCAUGCGCUCAACUUUGGCAUCGGGGGCGACACCACCUGCAAUGUGCUGUGGAGGCUGCAGAAUGGAGAACUGGAAAACAUCCGUCCCAAGGUGGUGGUGUUGUGGGUAGGAACCAACAAUUAUGAAAACACAGCAGAGCAGGUUGCAGGAGGGAUUCUUGCCAUUGCACAACUUCUCACCUCUCGCCUCCCAAAGGCAAAGAUAGUCGUACUGGGUUUGUUGCCUCGAGGGGAGCGACCCAACCCGCUGAGGGAGAAAAACGCUGCUGUUAACGGCUUACUGCGCUCCUGGCUGCCACGGUUGGGCCAGGCUCAGUUGCUGGAUGUGAGCGGGGAGUUCGUCCACUCCGACGGAACCAUUAGCGCGCAGGACAUGUUUGACUUCCUCCACCUGACGUCGACAGGCUACCGCACCAUGGCCAAGCCCCUCAGCGACCUGCUGCUUCAGAUACUGGAGGAGACGCCGGAGGAGAGACGGGCGUCGUUGGUUUGAGGGCCGUGGCCAAGAGGCGCAUUCAUCCAGAGGCAUGUCUCACCCGCUGCCGUGGGGGAGACAUGCCCCUGGUUACCCGGAGGAGGAAGGGCUCACUCUUUAGGGGGACGAGGUACCCUGAUGUGAGGGAGCCCACUUGGGGUGUGGGAUCACAUUCAUGAGUGGAGGGUUGGGUGUGGAGAGGUGCUGCAGAGGGAGAGAGACCUCACUACAAACAUAGACACUGUGAUUGCCGUAGUAAGCUCUAUUGCAAGAAGGAUUCACCAAGGUCAGACUCCUCUGAAUCAUAGACAGGUGUAACGGAACCAUGUGGGACUGCAGUGGCACACACACACACAGAUUAAUCUUGGCCUGUGGAUAAAAUGAGUGUUUCCCUCUAACGCCGUUGAAUAUCUUCCUCCAUGUUUUGAUCUCCACUAAACAGUUGGCUGUACUUGGUAGAACAGAAUCCAACAUUAGAGAAUGUUGUCACCUCUUCGACGAAUCACUAAUUGUACAAGGAAGAAAAAUAUGAGUCACGUUUACUGUGAUGUCUUUUCAGUGAGCCACAAAUCAAAAACGUUAGGGUGGACUGCUGCAGAGGGCAGACUGCUGAAAUGUACGCAACAUAUAGCAGUGUUAGAAAUGAUCCUGCAAACAGCAUAUUAAAUAAUAGACACAAACUUUGAAUAAUAGUUCACUAAUUUUGCCUUUGUGGACUAUUUCAUAUAAUUGGCCAAAAGAAAAGGAGCACCUAUCCUAUUAAAUGUUCACUUUGAACUUGUGUGUAACUAUCCUUUAAUCAAUAAUCAAUACAGCCUUGCAUAUUUGACCUGUUCACACACCACACACACACACACACACAGAAGGUAAAUCACAGUGUAAAUCCUGUGUCAGCUCAACCCUGAUGUCGCUGUUCGCUGCAUGCAUCUUAUAAGGCGAGCCACAGCUUCGUAGUGCAAAGGCUUCCGUAUUUAAAUACACACAGUCAAUCAAUAUCAUGUAUCCGUGCAUAUUCGUUAGUGACGUUAUCGCUGCUGAAUCUAAUCGUCCAAUAAGCUGUAGGUCUUCCAGAUGCGCUGCCUUGGUGCAAAGCUUCUAUCCCAUCCAGCAAAUGUGUUUACAUUGAAUUUGUAGAGUUAUACAAUUUGGGUCCAAAACAAUCCAGUGACACUUAUUUUAAAAGUAAAAAGAAAAAAACUACAUGUCAUUCUGAGCUAGUUAUCUGGGUUGAAGGAUGGGUUUGAAUAGAAAUACUUGUUCCGAAGCAACGGUGCGCUUCUUCUUCUUCUUCUUUUUUUUUUAACAGCAAAGUAAAUUUGAACAAACAAAAAUAGCUGCAGUCCUGCUUUCUCCUCACAAUCGUAACUUACACAGAGUUACAACUACAGAUCGAUGUGCCACAGUUUUCUUUCAGUAUCCAAACGUUCACGGUCGGACUCUCAAACGUUGACUGGUACAGGCUCUCUCUCCCUCUACCUCCUUAAUCCAUGGAUAUACUGUAUUUUCUCUUAGAAGCACUUCUUCAUUUGACUCCUCACCUCCUCUUUAAUUUCUGACCCUGUCGUAUUCGUAGUCGACUCUCACCCAGCCCUGCCACCCUGAACUCCUCACUUCUCUACAUGGUAUGGUUACUGAGUAUUUUCUAGGAAUAAAGCGUAGCCACAUGGUUAAGCUAUACUGAACACAGCUAUACUGAAUAUUAUCACGCUAAAAUGCUAGAAAGCAAUCACAGGUCAUGUAAAGAGAAAAAAAAAAACAAAAAAGCUAAAAAACAUUCGUCUGUGAGCUUAUAACUGUGGCUGUUUGUACAUGGCUCAGUUCUGUUCAAACCGUGGCAGAGAGUCUCUUGUCGAGCAUCGAGUUAUCCAACAUUACUGCUGUCUUAAGCUCUGCACAUUUGCGUGAUGUGUUAAAUAUAAAUAGUGUAUGUGUGUGUGCCUUACGUGUUGAUGAGGACGGUUGUGUACAGUAUGUCUGGUACUGGACAGUGGAAGUUGGACGUGUGAGUGUCUAGAAGUGACCCCGGGUGUACAUAGGACGUGUGAAGACUGAGGAGGAGGGGGUCACGUUGUGGGAGUCUGUGUUUGCUGUGAUACAGUAUUUGCACUGUUUUGGCUCGUUGUCAUGUUAUUGAGGUAAAGCAUUCCAAAUAAAAAAACAAAACAUGAACUAA